AUGUUCCAGACCAAAAGAAUAUGUGUCAUAGAACAUUCUAGAACAACCAUUCAGACUAUUCCGGCUUGCAAUGAUAUAUUCUUAACAGACGCACUCCGAAAUACCAUUCCGGAACAGUUCAAUGCAUUCCGACCUUGUUCUGCAUAUUCCGGACAUGAUCUUCAGCAGAAAAUGAUGGCUGGAGUAGGAGGUGGAGGAGGAUCCAAGAAACUCAAGAGAGCAGCUCGGAGAUUACUUCAUACCUGCGGCUCCUUCUCUUUCCGGCAAUCUCAUCUCGAACCCCCUUCCCCCACCGUGGUAAUUGCAUCAGGUUCGACUAAUAAUUCUCCCAAACCCAGCAAGGUUAAUCCAGAUAAUUUUACAGAAAAUGUUUCCAACGCAGAUCCAACCACUUCUUCUUCCAAGACGAUGUGUGCGAUUUGUCUAGAAACUCUCAACUACAGUUCAUGCAGUACUCCAGGGCAAGCUAUAUUCACAGCUCAAUGCUCUCACGCUUUCCAUUUCGAUUGUAUCGCCUCCAAUGUCCGGCACGGCGGCGUCACCUGCCCUAUCUGCCGUGCGCAGUGGACCCACCUCCCGCGUAACCUCAAAACCCCACCUUACUCAAACCUAACCGACGACCCAAUCCUUCAAAUCCUCGACGACUCCAUAGCCACUUUCCGGGUUCACCGCAGAUCCAUUUUAAGAACCGCCCGUUACAACGACGACGACCCGAUCGAACCGAGUCAUGGUCUCGACCUCAACCACCCACGGCUCCAUCUCUCCAUCUUAACCACCGAACCACAUCCCUCAUGCUCUUCAUCUCAACCUCUGGACUCCACCUACCGACCCGCGUGUCUCUCGGUUCGACUCGCGCACCAACCCGCCAUGGAUCUGGUUCUAGUCGCGUGUCCAAAUGGGCCCCACCUUCGGCUCAUAAAACAAUCGAUGGCACUGGUGGUGUUUUCACUCCGGCCGAUUGACCGGUUGGCGGUGGUGACGUACUCGUCGGCUGCCGCCCGUGUGUUCCCCCUCCGGCGAAUGACAUCAUACGGGAAACGGGCGGCACUGCAGGUGAUUGACCGGUUGUUCUACAUGGGUCAGGCGGACCCGGUGGAGGGGUUGAAAAAGGGGGUGAAGGUGUUGGGGGACCGGGCUUAUGAGAACCCGCAAUCGUGUAUUCUACAUUUGUCGGAUAAUCCGACAAGAUCUUACCACGGGUUUGAUGCUGAGGUGGCGGUGCGGGUCCACCGGUUUCAUGUGGGGUAUAGUUUUGGGACAUCGAAUGGGUUUGUGAUGCAUGAGUUUGAGGAGUUUUUGGGGAGAGUGAUUGGGGAUAAAAUAAGGGAUAUUCAGCUUCGGAUUAGGGAGGAUGGUAGGGUGGUGAGGCUGGGGGAGUUGAGUGGUGGGGAGGAGCGGAGGAUUCCGGUGAGUGUCAGGGAAGGUGGGAGUGUUUGGGUUGAGUAUAGUUAUAUUGAAGAUGGGGUUCGGGAAUGCCUGAGGAGUGGGGAAGUGGUGGUGGGAGUGGGAUUAGGGGAGAAAGGAGAGGCGGCAGGUGGUGGUGGUGGUGGUGGGGAUGGUGGUGGAGGGAAUGAAGAUGGUCGGAGUAGUAAUGCUGGGAACUGGGAUUACCAUGAUCCGUACAUGGCUAGAAGAUGGGCUAAGCAUCUGCAUGGUUACAGACUCUGA